AUGAGAUUCAAGAACCGAUACCUGCUUUUCGAGCUGCAAUAUGAAGAUGGCACUAUAGACGAAUCUGUACAUAAUGGAAUCAUCAUCAGUGUCCUUCGAGACUCCAUACAACUGAACUUUGGUGAUUAUGGUAUUGGAGUGCUAGGAGGUCCCACGACAAGUAACGCUUCAACAUCGAUCCUCAGUUUGUUGAGCUUCACUAACCCAUUCAUUCAACCACCAUCUUAUCCAGUCAAGUACUUUAGUCCACAUACUGGACUUGGAAUAUUACGUGUUCCCCGCGAUCACUACCAAAUGGCAUGGGCUGCAAUGAGUUUUGUCACUCAAGUCAAGAAGAAGAAUGCAAUGAUGCGUGUUAUUCACCUAGGAGGAACAAUCAAAUCUUGCCAAACGCAAGCUAUCGAAUAUGAUAAAGCGAAACUAAGAGCUCUGAAACGACGCAAAGUCAUCAAUGGUAAUGCACCAAGCUUUUAA